AUGCUGAUGCAAAGUAAAUUUCUAGAAUACAGUGAAGCUCGAAAGUUCAGCAUCGUCAAGAAGAAUCUUCCAACCAUUCGUGAGGACGACAUUUUGAUCAAAGUAAAGGCUUCUGGAAUAUGUGGUACCGACCUUCACAUCCACGAGGGUGAAUUCGGAGCCCAGUUUCCCCUUGUCCCCGGUCAUGAGACUGUCGGCGUGGUUGCAGCAUUUGGCAGCGGCGUUACUGGCUUCAAUAUUGGAGAUCGCGUAGUCGCAGACAACUCAGAAUUGUGUGGACAUUGUCAUUACUGUCGCCGAGGAAAAGAGCUUUUCUGUGAGAACUUUAUCGCGCAUGGUGUGAUGGUUGAUGGCGGAUUUGCGGAAUAUGCCAAGUACCCGGCGAACCGUGUUUUUAAAUUUGAAACACUCUCCGAUGUUGAUGCGACACUGUUGGAGCCUGCAGCUUGCGCGGCUCAUGGACUGGAUAAGAUCGCUCCUCAGAUGGGCUCGAGUGUGCUUUUGUUUGGCGCAGGCCCGACAGGACUCAUUCUCGCCCAGCUCCUUCGUCAAAACGGUGGGUGUCGGACUGUAAUUGCUGCACUGGCGGGUUUGAAGCUUGAGCUUGCCAAGUCUAUUAGCGCGGCUGAUGAAUAUGUCGAGCUCCCGCGCGAUGCACAGGAAGCGGCUGCUCAAAUGGAGGAACUCCGAGCGAAAAACCCGUAUGGCUUCGACAUUGUCGUUGAAGCUACAGGCAACGCAGAGAUUCUGGAAAACUCCAUAAAUUUUGUGACCAAAGGCGGUAAGUUGGUGGUAUAUGGAGUUUAUGGUGACCAUGACCGCGUUGCCAUACCACCGAACAAGAUUUUCAAAGAGGAAAUCAAUGUGAUAGGAUCAUUCAGUCAGACCUGCAAGUUUCCAGCUGCCAUCAACUACCUUGAUAGAGGAAGAGUAAAUGUGGGUGGAAUUGUUAACAAGACAUUCAAGUUGGAGGAAUGGCAGGCCUAUCUUGACACAAUGAAGGAUAAGUCCGUGAUCAAAGCUGCGAUGGUGUUUGACUAG